UCGCCGCUUUCAACUCGCCCGAGCGAAAGUCGGCAAAUUGAGUGGUUUCGUCACCGUCUAUCGUUCAUAGUAUUUAAACACAAAGAAACACCGCUCGUCCUUCGGGAAAAGGGUUUAAGGUUGUGGUAUCAUCGAAGACGACGAGAUCUGAAACCAUGGCGAGCUUCCCCUUCGCCUCCCCCCGCAUUCAUGGCCCCAGACCAAAACCCACCAACAUCUCCAAAUUAGGGUUUCGGAUUGACCCCUCGACUACUUCCUUCUUCUCCCCUCUCCUCCCCAAUCCAUCUUCUUCUCCCCUCGUCAUCCGAACCCGAGCUCGAUUCCGCUCCAGUCCUCAAUCCCUCGCCACAAUCUCACGCACCCAGCACCCCUCCAGCGCCGAGUCCCUCCACGAAAACCCUAAUCUCCUCAGAAGCUGCUUCGAGGGCGCGGCGUUGUUUCUCGUAGGGUCGCUCCUCUUCCUCGGGAGGUUCCACUGCAGACCCGCUCUAGCGGUCGCAAAUGCCCCAAGGAGCAAUUUUUCCGCACCAUUGGAGGAAGCUACGAGCACCCAAGAGGCCAAAGAUGGUAAAGGGGAGGAGGACGAGGUCCAUGAGGAGGUGAGCAAUGGUGCCCAAGAAGGGAAAGAGGCGAAAGAGGAAGAAGAUGAGGUGGAGAUGUAUGAGAGGAUGCUGGAGAGUAAUCCGAGGGACGUGGAGGCGUUGAAGAUAGUUUUGUAUGGGAAGAUGAAGAAGGGGAAGACGAAGGAGGCGGUGAAGUAUGUGGAGAGGUUGAUCGAGCUCGAGCCCGAUGAGAUCGAAUGGAGGCUGUUGCAGGCUCUCUCCUAUGAGCUUGUGGGCAACCUAAGCAAGGCUAAAAAGCUCUUCAAGGAGAUCUUGAAGGAGAGGCCCCUCUUGAUUAGAGCUUUGCAUGGGCUUGCAUUGACCAUGCACAAAAAUAAUGAAGGCCCAGCUGUUUUUGAGAUGCUAAACAAAGCUCUGGAGCUUGCACGUUGUGAGGAUAGAGUCACGGAGGAGAGAAAUAUAAGGAUUUUGAUUGCACAGAUGCAUGUUGUGAAGGGUGAUCUAGAUGGGGCUUCAAAGCGAUUCGAUGAACUCAUCAAUGAUAAUCCCCGAGAUUUUCGACCAUAUCUUUGUAAGGGGAUCAUCUAUAGCUUACUAGACAAAGAGGAAGAAGCUGAUGAACAGUUCGAGAUUUAUCGGAACCUUGUUCCAGAUGAAUUCCCUCAGAGAGGUUUUAUCGAUGACACCAUACUGGCCGCGAAAACCGAAUCUCGAGAACAGCUCGAGAAAGAAUCCAAAUCCAAAUUCUCCUAUGGAAAAUGAGAUAAACUGCAGUUUGCAGUAUUUAUUUUGUAAUCUGAAGUAGCUUCUUUGUUCCUUGGAAACAAAAAAUAAUAAUAAUAUUGAGAGGUUUUUGAUUCUUUUA